AUGGAUGGACCUGGUUGGAAGGUCCGUGGAGAUUUUGUGGCACCUGAUGCCGAGAAUAUUGGAUCAUUCGUGCCACGAAUGAAACAUAUCAUCAAAGCUUUACCCAUGCUGUUCAGAUAUUUUGUGUAUAUGUUCGUAUCUUGGUGGAAAGGGAAUGAUAUUUUCAUAAAUGCAUUGCGAACAAUGCGAAAGAAUUCAUUCUAUGGAGAGAGAUCAUUCGAGAUUGAUGAGGAUUUAGGUGUUCCCUGUGGAGGUAUUGGAUGUGGUGCGAUUGGCCGUGAUUUCAGAGGUGGCUUUUGUAAAUACUCGCUAUUGCCGGGCAUUGUUGAGCAACAUGUGGAAGGUAUUAAGGCAAAUCAGGUGUGUGAAUUAAAUAUACGCUUGUAG